CCGUAACAGAGUGCAGCCUUGCGCCCUAGGAAGCCCUCGCCCGACCAAGCCACUCAACACCAUGCGGACAGCAGCGCUGCUCGUGGCCGCGACGACGACGGUCAGGGCGCUCCGCCCGGCGAUGCCGUCUCUUUAUCAGCGGCGGGCGCCCGUGGUCAAUCUGCUCGACGCCAAAGGCCAAAGCAUAGCGCCGGUCACCCCGGCGGGCGGCGGCGCCAGCGACAAGGACCACGACGUGCUGCUCGGAGAAUUGAUCUUCAGCUCGCGCGACCCGCGCGAGGACGUCGCCUCGGCGCCGGAGCUGUACACCGAGGACUUUCUCAAGUUCGUCUCCGACAAGGCCGAGGACAGCGACGACAUGGAAGAAAGAGAAGGCCUAAAGAGCCUCGUGGACAUGAUCCGGGCGACGCUGGACAUGGUCGAAAAAAUGACGAAAGAAGCCGAAGAGGCGCAGGCUCGGAUCGAAGCCGAGGUCGAGGCCGAGGCCGAGCGCGCGGCGGCGCUCGCGCGCGGCGAGGUGGUCGUCGACACGGAGCAGGUCCUGGGCGCGGCGGCCGUCGCGUCCGGCAUCGAGCAGUACGCCGAGAUGGCGCGCGAGGCGCGGAGCGAAGGCCCGGGCGAGGCGGGCCUCUACGGCGACGCGCUCCGGACGUACGACGCGCUGCUGUCGGAAUUCGUCCAGGCCGAGGCCAAGGGCGAGCUCGCGGCCGCCGUCGAGGGCGCGUUCGAACGGUGCGACUACUCCCUGCUCGCGCUGGCGACGGAGCGGCGCGACGCGGGCGACCGGCCCGACACGCAGGCCCUCAACGCCAUCAUCGAGGCGGUCAACUCGCUCUCGGCGAAGCGCCUCGAGCAGGCCGCCGCCCGGCUGGGGACCGUCAUGCAGCAGGGCUCGCCCGAGAAGAUGUUCGCGAAGAUCCAGGAGCUCGCCAUCAUCAACCAGAUCGACGCGCCUUUGGUGGAACUGCUCGACGCGAACCGGCAGCAGGCGCUCGCGGCGGGCGCGGCGGGCGCCGGCGCGGCCGAGCUCAUGAAGAACCUGGCGAACCGGUGCCGCGACGAGAUGGACAAGCGCAUCGCCAAGGACGCGCCCGAGAAACGGUUGUUGAGAGCGCUGCUGCGCACGGACGACGACGAGACCAAGAAAACGAUUCUCCAAAGAGCCUUCGAGCCCAAGGAGGGCCUGGCCCUGAGCUUCGGCGAGGACUACGGCAAGGACGCGGCCAAGAAGACGCAGGAGGGCCCCGAGGUCGACCCGACCAAGUUCAUCGCCGCGUGCCAGCAGCUCAUCGCCGACUUUGGGAACAUCGACGACAACGGCGAGCCCCUCAUGGUGCGCAUCAACCAAAUCGCCGCCAUCGCCGAGACGGUGGCGACGGAAUUGUACGGCGACGUCACGAGCGCGCGCGAGCAGCAGGACCUCAUGUGGAACGAGGCGACGACGAGCGUCUUCGACCUCGAGGCCGCCGAGCUCGCGGCCGAGCAGAAGGGCGAGCAGAUGCCCUGGCACAACGACUCCUACGACGGCAAGCUGCCCGACGGCUUCACGGCCGACCAGGCGGGCCAGUACAUCAAGAAGGUCGGCGGCGGCUAGCUUUUUCGGCAGUCCUUUUACCUUCUCCCGUACUAAAUAUAUAGACUGUC